AUGGCAGAUGAGUUGCUGUCACCACAGGAAAUCUCUCCUGUGCCGGACUCUGUGUCAGAACAUCUUGACAGUGUUGAGUCUGUUGCAGAUUGUCUGUCUAUUGCCAGUAGAGAUCUGCAUUCAACAGAGCAGUCCCUGGCUCUUGUGGAUAGCUUGCCAACCCCUCUGUCACCACCUUGCCAUGCAGCUGACCCUGCAGCAGGCUUUGGAGGAUCUUUAGCCCGAAUGACAAUACCUAAAAACCCUCUACCUGCAUGCACUAUAGCUCCGGUGAUUCACAUAGGCAGUGAACUUCAUCUUCCAGGCUCCUCCUCAUCAGCGUUUCGACCAUUCAUAAUUCAAACUACACUAUCUCCAGCAAGAAGCAUCAUUUCCUCAUCACAGAAUGCAACCACAGUUGCAUCUUCACUGAUUUCAAAGCAUGUGGAGAAACUGAUUGUACCACAAGCCUCAGGUUUUCCAUUGCUUCAACAGAAAUCCCCUACACAAUCACCCAGUCGCCCAAUCUUCUUAGGUGAAUCAUGUACAAAUGAAGAUGAGGACGGACGAACCACAGCUUCUGCACCUCCUUGUACGCCUGUGCCAGAAUCUCACCAGCAGCCUCAGUCACCAUUUAGAAACAGGCAUCCAAUUAAGAAAAUUGAUCUGCUGGCAAUGUCACGAUCUCGCCAGUCAGACAGAGCUGAGAAUGCCAGAAGAGAUGGGCGAAAUAGUGGUCUCAGUCUUCCAACAUGGCGUGGGCUUGGAAAUCACUCCAGCUUACGGAUGAGUUUACAGAGUAGCAAUCUACCAUCGAAUGACUCCAGGGUGUCACCGGAGAGAGCGGUGAAUGGCACAUCUAGUACAUCUUCACCGAAUGUAGAUGUCGUUAGUGUUGAUGAUCAGCCAGACCCAUCAAAGUGUACUUUCAGCAUUCAGUUUCAUGAUUUCACACCUGCUCAGCAAAUGAUGAAGUGCAGUUUGUGUGGGUUUGUCACCAACAAUCAGAGGUUCUACCGAAGACACAGGAGGCUUCACAGUCGUCAGUAUCAGCCAAACUUGAUUCAUUGCAGCCUCUGUAACUACUCCACAUCCCAGAUUCGCAAAAUGAGAGAGCACACAGUUACAAGCCACCACUUGUCACACCCUCACCUGUUCACUACUUCCAGUCACAACUUCAACACACCUUCAGCAUUGCCAGAGUCUGCUCACCGGCCACCAGGACAAGGCCAAAUGUUCAUAGGCACAGGCAGCAUUUUUCAUCCAGUCACCAGCAGGCCGAUCAAUAUUCCAGUGGGAGCCGCAGCAGCAACAACAACUAUAUCAAGUGCCUCAACACUAGGCCUUCCAACUUAUAUCCCUGCACCCCCGGAGCACCACAUUCAGGUGAACACUCAUGCAGGUUUGCAGCAUCCACCUCGUGGCACUGCUAUGCUGGGCAACUAUGCACCGUCAGAUACCGAACAUAUGGCAAAUUUUAGAGUUAUGUCCCCUCCGCACACUAACCACAACAGCUGUGUCACAUCAUCAAAUUUAUUCUUACAGGCAGCAAGAAAUUUCACACAAGAAUCUCAUGCACCUUUAUCAUCUAACAGUAGUGUCCCAGCUGUGGAAGAGACCUACAACUACAGGCAGCUGUGGAACUCUGGCAGUAACUGCAUUAACAGCAAUCAUAGUCUAACAGGAACUUCCUUUGGAAAAGUUAAGGUGGAACCUAGAGCAGUGGCCACCAACCUUGUAUCAGGAGCUAGAAAUGUCCAUGAUGCUCCUUCAAGUACCCAGAAAGAAAGGUCAGCACGAAGCCCUCAUAGACAGUCUGAGACCCUUGACAGCGAGUCAGGCAUGGAUAUUAGCAGCGAUGAUCCUGCCAGUUCUCCACAGGCUGGUGGUGGGCGCUCCAGAGUUGAUGAAAGAAUCAGCACCGAAACAAACCACACAGAUAUCACCACUCAAGUAGAUGGAUCCACAUUUGGCACUCAGUACUCAGUGCCUUUCAUUAAGAUUGAGUUCCCACCACAUACAGAGUCCUGCAGUCUUCUAACUCAUUCUGUCCGUGGCAGAUCUGACCAAGGUAUCCAGUGUGAAAUCAUCUCAGUGUCGGGUCUCUCUCACAGGCAGGGCCGGACUCAGUCGGAAACUGUCAGCAGUGCUGGUGGUUCUGCACAUAUUGAAACCCGAUGUUGUUUCUGUGGAAUAAGCUUCGAUGAUGAGGUGCUGUACUCCAUUCAUAUUGGGUGUCACAGCCACACUAACCCGUUCAUGUGCAAUGUUUGUGGCAAGCAGUGCCACAACAAAUAUGGUUUCUACUCACAUAUAAUGAGAGGUCACCAGGCAAGACCCAACACAUGA